GAGUCGGCCGCUGGGGACUGCGCAGCGGCCGUGCUCGUCCCUGUCCGGUCCUUCGGCCUUGAUCUCUCGGCUGCGAGUGCUCUAUGGUGCUGGUCGCGACAUGUGGCGCCUGACAGGUCUCCUGGGGCGAGCUUUUCCCCGCGUGCUGAGACCUGGCUUCCGAGGGGUAACACCAAGGCCCACCAGUUCAGAUGGACCUCAGACAUCCUCCACCACCCCACUGCUCCCUAGGCCCAGCGUUGUUAGGUCAGGCUCCUGUGGUCCAAGGAGGAACAGAGACCCAAAGUGCUGUGGAUGGAAAGAUGCCUUCCACUGGAUGUCUGCUCACGUCUCCCCAAACACUCUGCGGGAUGCCAUCUCGUGGGGCUCUCUGGCCGUGCUGGCCUUGCACCUGGCCAGGCAGAUCCACUUCCAUGCAGCCCUGAUAGCAAGACCCCAGCCAGCUGAACGCUGCUCUUGGCACAGUCCCCUCUACCGCUUCCUCUCCUCUUCCUGGUGGCACCCACGCUCCUCACUUCGGAGGCAUGUUCUUCCCAGGCCUGACCACCCAGCUCCCACAUACGCUGGCCUCAGGGAACCAAGGCUGGGCCAGAAAGAACCCUCCCCUCAGUCCCAGUGCUGCCCUGAGACUGGCCUUCUGAAUCUACCUGAAGAAGAGCCCAGUGACUUUGACUUCUUGCAUGCCAGCAGGGACUUCACAUCCCAAGCAGAGGCAACCGAGGCCUGCCCCCCUGGAGAAACAAAUGAACAAGACAAGUCCAAGGCUCUUCCCCUAGAGGAGGCUGUGACUUCCAUCCAGCAACUCUUUCAGCUCAGUGUUGCCAUUGCUUUCAACUUCCUGGGGACAGAGAACAUGAAGGCAGGGCACCACACAGAAGCCUUCUCUUCCUUCCAGAGAGCCGCAGACCGUGGCUACAGCAAAGCACAGUACAACGUGGGCUUGUGUCUGGAGCAUGGCAGAGGCACAGCUAGGGACCUCGGCAAGGCUAUCCUCUUUUACCACCUGGCCGCCAUCCAGGGCCACAGCCUGGCUCAGUACCGCUAUGCCCGGUGCCUGUUGCAAAGUUCAGCCUCUUUGUCAGACCCUGAGCGGCAGAAGGCAGUGUCGAUGCUGAAGCAAGCUGCAGACUCUGGCUUGCAAGAGGCCCAAGCUUUCCUUGGGGUGCUCUUUACGAAGGAGCCACACCUGGAUGAACAGAGAGCCGUGAAAUACCUUUGGCUCGCAGCCAGCAAUGGGGACUCCCAGAGCAGGUUCCACUUGGGAGUCUGUUACGAGAGGGGCCUUGGUGUUCAGAGGAAUCUGGUCGAGGCUGUGAAGUGUUACCAGCAGUCAGCAGCCGUGGGGAAUGAACCCGCCCAGGAGAGGCUUCGGACCCUCUUCAACGUAAAGGCAGCAGCCCCAGGGCCCAGCAACCCGUCCAUGACAGGACUGAAGUCUUUCUCGAGUCCCUCCCUCUGUAGCCUGAACACCCUGUUGGCAGGUGCCUCAGGCCUCCCUCAUGCCUCAAGCACUGGGAACCUUGGCCUCCUCUGCAGAAGUGGCCAUCUUGGAGCCAGCCGCGGAGCCCCCAGCAGGGCCAUACCAUCCUUAGAAAGAAGUCUCGUGAGACUGGGUUUCGGCUAAGACCUCCCUGCCUGAGAGCUCUCAGAGAUAUCACAACUUGAAUCCCAAAGAAGAGGCCAGUUAGCUCCUCACCUCCCCGGGAGCGUCCAGCACCUCCCCAGCACCAUAAAGAAGAGGAAUGCCUAUGAAGUCCUAGGUUCUGGCUCCACCACUGACCCAGCUGUGCCACCUGGAAACAGUGACCCGAUUUUCCAACAUUAUUUUCUCAAUUCUAGCCCAAGCACAAUAGCAUGUGCCCUCCUGCCUUAACAGACUGAGGUGCAGCCAUUUCUCUGCAUAAAGGACCUUAGUUCUUGCUUAGGGUUCUGAAGGCAGAGUGAUGCCCACAGUUCUAUGACCUAGAGUCACCAGGCCACCAGGCAUGGUGCAAGUACCUUUAAUCCCAGCACUUAGGAGACUGCGGCAGGGGGAUCUCUAUGAGUUCAAGGCCAGCCUGUUCUACAAAGCGAGUUGCAGGACAGCUAAGGCUACAUAGGGAAACCCUGUCUCAAAACAAAAACAAGAGAUCCGGAUGAGGAUCAAAGCUGACAUCAUGACUCCAGCCCAGACUUCUGGUCUACCAGUUCACACUGUAGUGUUAUUUGCAAACAUUAUCAUCACCCGGCAGGUGUGGGGGUAUCAGGAGAGAUUAGACACCUGGAGUCUUGGAGUCAGAGUAUUGAGAGCAUGAGUCCUUUUUGGAAAAGGUCGGGUAGGAUUAUGCAAGUGUUUAAUAAAACAGAUGGUGGGUUAUCUCCUCUCUCUUGCCCUUGAGUGUGUGGGGGAGAGCCAGGGAGAUGGGCAGGGGGAGCUGAAAGCUGAGGCUCCAUCCUCAUCUCUAAACUCUCCAUUAACCAAUUUAAAAGGACUUAAAAGCUCUCCAAGAGAGAGACUUAGAAAAAAAAAUGACUUCUGAGUCAACGCUAAUGACUCCAAUUACUGAAUUUGUGAAUAGCUGUUCCCUGGCUUCUGGAAAUUAGCCCAAGUUCAAUAGCAGAAACGUGGCUGUGGGCAGGGGGUGGGAGGAACUGAGGACCAGCACGUCCCCCCACCCCGAGACUGUUUCCUUGUCCAGACAGCAUGAUCAGUUCAAAGGUGGGAGGGUUGGGGGGGAUAGCUGUGCACACUUUCUUCAGCUGCCCACCCCUCCCUCUCCUAACUCCUGUGUGGUCUUAGCUAUGCUGUUCUAGCACCUUCCUGAAGCCCCAGUGCCUCCCCUGCUCCCUGCUUCCUUCCCAGAUUUGCCAUGUAUACCACCCUGACCCCUGUUGGACACCUUGUAUGAUGCCUCCCACAGACAUAGGCACCUGGUCAUGUCCUGACACUUAGAACAGUGUCCCAAGCAAGGUGAAGGCUCCAUGUUCAGAGUUUGAAGCCCUGCAGUACACUAACCACUGUGGCAAAAAUAAAAAAUAAGAAAGG